AUGGACCCGAUGGAUUCAGGGAGGCGAAGAAAGCCGUCCGAAGAGCACGGCUCAGCUGCACAGGUUCUCCAAGGAUACGACUGGACUUUGGUACCUGUUGCCACCAAGGGCUCCGGCGACAAAAGGGCGGCCCACGUCAAGAGGCCCAUGAACGCGUUUAUGGUAUGGGCCCAGGCUGCAAGGCGAAAACUGGCCGAUCAGUAUCCCCAGCUUCACAACGCCGAGCUGUCGAAAACACUAGGAAAGUUAUGGCGUCUCCUGUCCGACAAUGACAAGAAACCCUUCAUCGAGGAGGCCGACCGCCUGCGUGUUAUCCACAAACGCGAGCACCCCGAUUACAAGUAUCAACCACGACGUCGGAAGCAGAACGGGCCGUCCUCCGGCCGGGAGAGUUCGCCCACGAGGAGUCAGAGCAACGUGACUUUCAGCGUUACCAGGUCGUUGAAGCAGGAGGACAUGAGUCCUAGAGGCGUUCAAGGACCCAAUUCACCGCAGAGUGGCGUAAGCUCUUCGCCACCCACGACACCCAGUCAGGGUCUUUCACCGCCGACACCCCCUACGACGCCCAGGGGACAGCACUAUAUCAAUCAGAGCAAUCAGCUUCCGCAGAACAACACGGUAUAUUACCAGGAUUUGAUCAGCGGCACGCCGUCGAGUGAGUCCCCCCAUCAACAACCGGCGGUUGAUCUUCGGUAUAUCGAGGUCGGAGAUGGCCUCCCCGGCGAGGAGAACCAGUUAAAUGGCCUCGGCACUUUGGGCGGGCUAGGCCUGAAUCUCCCGGUGAACUUCCAGGAGUGCGAGGUCGAGAGCAAUGAGCUCGACCAAUACUUACCGCCCCAGACUGCACCAAUACACCAGUACCCACCCGUGCAAGUCACCACCGCCUCGCAAUGGUUACUCAACAGAUACGAGGAGGAGAUCGAGAGACCGAUCAAGCGUCACUGUUCAGAACAGGCGAUCGCGGAGGUAUCGUCAUGGGAGGACAGGACUCAGGAGAUGGUCAGGUACCACGAGCUGCAGCCUCCCCUUCCGCCAGUCCAGUACAUAUCCGCCCAUAACGCGCACCAUUCGCACGCGAGUACGCAGAUGGGCCAUCCACACGUGUCCACGCCCUACGCGCAAUACGCACAUCGCUACGUGUCUGGCAUUGAGACGUGGCCGAAUUAUAUGUAGACCAAAGCGAGGUAAACAUGCCCGAUAUAUUUUUCGUUUCGCGGUGCCGAAAGACGCGCCGCGGUAUCGUCGAAUCGUCCGAUUUUUACGUACCUAGGUACAAAUGAUCGGAAAAAGAAUUCGCGUAGACCAUCCCGGAUCAGCCGCGAAAUAUUCGAUGGACAAAUUUUCGAAAUCUCACGUGAUUCUCUCCGGUCAACGUUAUCGUUCUAAAUUUUCAUUAUUUAACCUUCCGUGUAUAAUCUGGGUCUUUUUUGGC